AUGGAGAUAAGGUCAUCUCCAGCACAAUCACAGGAAGUUAUCCCAUGCCUGGGACAAGUCCCAAUUCUAUCUGGCAGGGAGCAGAAGGUUACAGACCAUCAGGCUGAAGGGGCAACAGCAAUCCCUGGGCUACUGGAACUUAUCCAGGACAGACAGCAGCAAUGCAACCUGCUCCUGGAAAUUCCCAACCCUCUGCCCUUGGGUCCCCUGACCCCUUUGAUUAAUGUAGCUACCUCUUUGGCUCAUAUACAGAAUUGUGCCACCUUAGAAAUCCAAGAAGCAUUGGAUGCUGACAUGUGUUCAUUGGCUUCUGGAGAUUUUCUGGCUUGGCGCAAGCGGUGGUUUGUUCUCCGGCGAGGCCGUAUGAGUGGCAAUCCUGAUGUCUUAGAGUACUAUCGCAACAAGCACUCCAGCAAGCCUAUCCGUGUGAUAGACCUCAGUGAAUGCACUGUGUGGAAGCAUGCAGGCCCUGACUUUGUUAGGAAGGAAUUUCAGAACAAUUUUGUGUUCAUUGUCAAGACUACUUCCCGUACAUUCUACCUAGUAGCCAAGACUGAGGAAGAAAUGCAGGUGUGGGUACAUAGCAUCAGUCAAGUCUGCAAUCUCAGUCACCUAGAAGAUGGUGCAGCAGAUUCUGUGGAGAGUCUUUCUCCCAUGUCCUCCUCCCUCCAGCCAUCUCCUGCCAGUCCACUUCAUACUGCCCAUGUUACCAACUCUGCCUUGCCAAAAGAUGACCCAAACACUAAUACAGUAUCCACUGAGGAAAACAGAAGUGAGUCAGAGUUUCUCUUCCUUCCUGAUUAUCUGAUCCUAUCCAACUGUGAGACUGGAAGACUACACCAUACCAGUUUUCCCACCAGAUGCGAUAGCUGGUCAAAUUCAGACCGUUCAUUGGAACAGACUUCUUUUGAUGAUGUUUUUCUUGAUGGUCUGCAGCCAUUUACCUCUAAUACUUUGAUCCAACCCCUACACCAAGGGAAUGGAUCUCAGGAUGUGCCUUCCACAAGGCCCCAGCCUGCUCUAAUCUGGAAUAGAGAAAUCAAUGUCCCAUCCAGGAACCACAUGUCUUCCUCACCAUUUCUGGAAUCUUCUUUAAAUCCCAUAAUUCAUGUAGAAACAAAGCAAGUUUCCUUACCCAGUGGGGCAAAAGAACUAAGCAUUAUGUCCAAUACUCCACCGCCUCGCCCUCCUAAGCCAAGUUAUCUCUCUGAACGGCGCCAGGAAGAUCAGCUCCUGUUGACUGGGUACAGCAGUAGCAAGAAGCCAGGGUACAGUAUGGUACCAAGAAGAAUCUCUCUCUCUGGCUUAGACCAUGUCGGGUCAUGGAAAGGUGAUGUACAAAGCCAGUCCCUGAGACACAGGGAUAAGCGGCUCAGUUUAAAUCUGCCAUGUAAGUUUUCACCGAUGUAUCCCACAGCUUCACUCACUGUUGAAGACAGCUAUGUGCCCAUGAGCCCCAAAGGCACUGUUUCUAGUCUGAGGCCCCAUUACAGCCAGGAUGACUACAUCCCAAUGAACUCAAGCAUGCUACCCGAGUUACCUGCAGAUUUGGAGCCACCUCCAGUGAACAGAGAUCUCAAGCCCCAGAGGAAAUCACGGCCACCUCCCUUGGACCUGAGAAACCUUUCCACCAUCCGAGAACACACAUCUCUAACCAGGACUCACACUGUGCCUUGCAAUCGAACCAGCUUUCUCUCUUCACAAAGAAAUGGUAUUAAUUCUGCAAGAUUUUUUGCCACUCCUUCUUCCAAAGAAGAAGAAAGCUACAUCCAAAUGGAAGAAUAUAGAACAGUCAAUUCCAUGAGUAGUAGUGCUCUUAAUUGGACAAAGAAAUUCAGCCUGGAUUAUUUGGCCCUGGACUUCAAUUCGGCAUCACCAGCCCCUGUGCAGCAGAAACUUCUUUCAGAAGAGCAGAGAGUAGACUAUGUCCAAGUGGAUGAGCAGAAGACACAAGCUCUCCAGAGCACCAAGCAGGAGUGGACCGAUGAGAGGCAAUCCAAAGUGAUGGGGAACAGGAGGCCUUCAACCUGAAAGUUGGGGAAGUCGCAAACCCAGGACUGGUGAGGAGUUCAGCUUUUCUUAGGGAAGAAGAAGACCUGAGGCACACACAGCCUGCCUAUAAAGGCAAAAAAACCUAUCUGUAGUUGCUUCACUAUAGAGAUGGAAUCAACUGAAUCAUCAUGACAUUUAGUUCAGUGUCCAAACUAAAGAAGCCCCAUAAACAUUCCUCUUCUGAAUGAUCUCCUUUAGUACCCCCUGUUCAUAUCAUCUCUGUACCCACAAUGACACUGAGUUUUCAAUUUUGUUUCACUUUUACUAUUUCAUUUCUGGCAUUAAUAAAAGCUUUAUAAGGAGAAA